AUGACCAGACCUUCCAUGAUUAGGAACGAAGUCCCUACAACACAACAGGCAUCCAGGGAUGACGUCCCCACAACACACCAGGCAUCCAGGAAUGAAGUCCCCGCAACACACCAGGCAUCCAGGAAUGAAGUCCCUACAACACAACAGGCAUCCAGCAUCCUGCAGCAGGCAGCAUCCAGCAGCGGUGCAGGAGCGGAUGCUGCGGCUCUCGUCUCACGCCCUCGCUGGCCUGUCGCACGAUUACCGCCCCCACCCCCCGCCUCUGCAGAGAUGCUGCAGCGUCUCUGGAACGUUCCUACAACGUCUCCGCGUCCCUGCAACGUCUCUGGAACGUCCCUGCAGCGUCUCUGGAACGUCCCUGCAGCAUCUCUGGAACGUCCCUGCAACGUCUCUGGAACGUCCCUGCAGCGUCUCUGGAACGUCCCUGCAACGUCUCUGCAGAGCUCGGGUGCCGUGGGGCUCGCCCACUUCGACAAAUGCUCCCACGAGGAGUGCCUGGGGGGAGGCCACAUCUGCUCCCACGACGACGGGGUGCUGCACCUGCUGGCGCGGGUGACCGACCUCUCGCUGGGGUACACCGAGGGGCGCCUCGAGCUCUGCCUCGUGGGGGGCUUCCAGGACCGACAUAACGUGGGGGAGAAGGUCGCCCUCUCACUACUUAACGCGUUCCACAAGACAGCUCUGCAGAUACACCUCGUGAUCCUCUGCACGGGGGAGUACAACACCACCUUGCGGGGCACCACCCCCUGGCCCCUAGUUAAGGGGAUAGCGGUGGGGACGCAGACCGGCAAGAUCUUCCCCGCGACGUUCACCGACAAGGGCCCGCACCUCGAGAUCCGCAGCUCCAGGAUCUUCACGGGCGCGCAGCAGAUGGUGGACGUGUACGACUGCACGAUGGGUGUGCUGCGCAUCGGCCCCUACAACUACGCCCCCCACGUGGGGGUCGAGCUUCUCCUGCAGCAGACCGAUGACGUCAUCCUGAAGUGCCUGUCCCCCUCCCCCGAGGUCGAGGGGCCGGGGUGGGUCAAGCUGGUGCGCGGGGUGCUGCAGCUGAUCAAGGACCACCCGUUCCCCGCGGUGACGAUGUUCCCCAACAACCGCCCCCACUACUUCCGGCGGGACCGCCACGGGGCCUGGGCCCCCGUCGAGAUCUCGAACAACAACGACGCGACCCCCGACGCUAACAUCAACGCCAUCAUGGCGGCGGUCCCGCCUCCCAUAUCCCCCCACACGCCGGGCCAGGGGGGCGGCGGGGACCCCUCCAUCGCCGUGCCCUCAGUGCCGUCAAUUCCGGCGUCCGCCGCUUGGACGCCGCCCAUCAGCAGCACAACAGGGGCGCCGCCCCCUGCCGCCCAGGCGCCCACUCUCCAGACGCACCAAAUGCUGCACGCGGCGCCUAACGUCAACGUCCAACAGCAGCAGCAACAACAACAACAACAACCACCACAACAACAACAGCAGCAAUCUGUCCCUACUUUGUGGGGGACAAACAACCCCCCUCACGGCGUCCCCCCUCGCUACGGGUCCCUGCACCUCGACUGUAAACUCAAGACCCACCUGACGGGCCCCAUCACGGGCCCGCUGCCCCCCGCGCAGCACUACGACGACCAGCUCCUCAACGUCAAGCCUGAGCGAUACAUGCCAGCCUGGCAGACGUCGCAGUUGUGACCGUAGACGUCGACAGGCGACGUACAGUCCCUCUAGGCGUCUGACGUCGGAAUAACGUUGAGUGAACGACGUUGUUUCAACGUCGUUUGCCCGGGACGUUGGGCACUAGCAGACGUCGCACUUUUUGAACGCGAACGACAAACGUAGAAAAAGCUACUUUUUCUAAAAUAUCGUCGAUCAGUAAUUCGUUGCCUUCGUAUCUUGCCUUUCCGUCAAAUUCCUUUCGUAAGAAAUUCGAAACUGGAUUUGUGACUGCGACUUCUUGAAGAAACGUCGAUCAAAACUGAAAAUCCACUACAAUAAAUUUGUGUGAGAUCGAGUGACCGUGACAGAUCAUCGGUCCUCGGCUAGUAUCAAUGAGAAAUUGAAACUUGAAUUAAAAUUGGUACUCCAUUCCACGGAAAAUUAGAUAUCGUUAUUUGUUACAGAAAUGCGGUGACUUUGAACCGAAAAGACACUUUCUUGGCUGAGGGAGAAAAAAGCCUGUGAACUUUCGACGUUUUCCGAAAAGCCAUUUGUGAACAGACUUCUUGUGACCUAUCGAAUAUUACCUAUCGAAUUACAUUGAUGAACAUUAUCGUUUGAAUGAGCUAUCGUAUAAUAAUCAUUGAAAAUAAAGUGCCUUUUGAUUGUGACUUAAUAAGAAACUCGUUGAACGAGUGUACCAUUCAAAGGAUCUAAUGUAAUGCUAUUCUUACCAGGGAUGUACAUUAUUCGAGCGUUGGCGGGUGACCACACUAGCGGGGUGUGUAUUUCUCAGAGAAACGAAUGGGUCUUUUUGUCCAAUUAAUGACACCCUUACUGUCCGUAUCUGAAAGGCGCCUUUUUAGAGAGCCAAACUUGAUCAGGAUUGCCCACAGAAGGGCAGGAAAUACAUCGAUAUUUGAACACAAAGUCCCAUUCAUUCCUUUGAGUGUAUAGUUUGGUUCAGAAGUGUUAGUUUUAUUGUAGUUUUCUUAGUGUUGUAAGGCAUGAGUCUCUUGGCCAGCCCUCUGCCGCCUCUAGCAAUGCUAUUCCUACCACACAUCACCCCAGUAAUGCUAUUCCUACCACACAUCACUCCAAUAAUGCAAUUCCUACAGGUGCUUGUACACGAGGCGAAUAGUUGCGUCGACUAGUCGACGCAACUAAUUUAUGAUGAUUGACGUCUUCAGAGGCAACUAGUUGUUGCAUUGCACCCAGAGAAGCUUAAGUUCUGUCUACCCAGUCUCGUGUGCCCAGUACUCCAGUAGCGGCUCGGCCUUCGUACUGAGCACAGCUGCGUCGCUCCCUCUCUCUUGCCCAGUGUAGCGCGCACAGCUGUCGAGCUCUCGCUUGCCUCCACCGUGCACAACCUUACUCGACGGCUCCCAAAGUCACACUGGCGUCGUGUACUGACAACACUCUCCUCGUGUAUAGGCUCACAGCCUGUAAAACUGUCGUCGACGCAACUGAUCGCCCCGUGUACAAGCAUCUUUCCACACAUCAGCGGCGGAGGCUCUGUACAAUGUCUGUAGUUAUAGGCGCGAUUUCUUAUAAUCUUUAUAAUCCUUUUAAAGUUUCCCUAUAAUUUAAUGAAGAGAUUUUAAUUCAACACGUAGGUUGGUGUUGAAUCUUUUUAGUGAAGUUUAUAUUUUCUUCAGGUUCAAGUUAAGAAUUGUUUUAUAGGUUCAUGGAAGUUCUCAACUCGGAAAAUGCACGCUAGUUUGUCCUGUAAAGAGUGGGCUGUAAAUUGAAGAGAGGACUGGCAAUUAAAGAGUGGGCUGGCAGUUAAUGAGAGGACUGGAAAUUGAAAAGUGGGCUGGCUACAGUUUUUCAUGGUCGGUUAAUAUUAAAUAUCAGGUUGUUAUUAUAACUUCUAUAAAUGUGUAGAAAUUAUCUUUAAUGUUACAUUGAGAAUAAUAUUUAAUCAUUUAGAUUUUAGAACUCGAUUUUUGUUUGCAGAUCGUGUUGCAUCAUUCUGGAUUGAAUUUUGAGUUACACAGUGGGUUUAAUGUUCGAUACGGAAUUAUAAAUAGUAUGGACUAAAUUCAACAGUGGGUUAAAGAGCUUGUCAGGUUGAAGUCAAGAUUCGUAGACGAGUUUUUUGAGGGCAAAUUGAUCCUACAAUCGUUGAACUCCUGAUUUUUAGUGGCGCGUAAUCUAGUUCAAAUUUGUAUGGUUAAUAUAUCAACGAAUAUUUUUUCUUCAUUAAUAAAGAAUGAGCAUUCAA